UUUGCCGGGACCAUCUGUCGCCAUCCGGGGCCCGCUGUGGCCAUCGCAGGUCGUUGAAAAUGGCCAAGUUUAUGACCCCCGUGAUCCAGGACAACCCCUCCGGCUGGGGUCCCUGUGCCAUUCCCGAACAGUUCCGGGACAUGCCGUACCAGCCCUUCAGCAAAGGGGACCGGCUGGGCAAGGUAGCAGACUGGACGGGUGCCACUUACCAAGAUAAGAGGUACACAAAUAAGUACUCAUCUCAGUUCGGGGGUGGGAGCCAGUACGCGUACUUCCACGAGGAGGAUGAGACGAGCUUCCAGCUGGUGGACACAGCGCGCACCCAGAAGACGGCCUACCAGCGCAACCGCAUGCGCUUUGCACAGAGGAAUCUUCGCCGAGAUAAAGACCGAAGGAACAUGCUGCAGUUCAAUCUGCAGACCCUGCCCAAGAGUGCCAAGCAGAAGGAGAGGGAACGCAUCCGGCUGCAGAAGAAAUUCCAGAAGCAAUUUGGAGUAAGGCAGAAAUGGGACCAGAAGUCACAGAAACCCCGGGACUCGUCCGUAGAAGUGCGGAGUGACUGGGAGGUGAAGGAGGAGAUGGAUUUCCCACAGCUCAUGAAGAUGCGCUACCUGGAGGUCUCAGAGCCACAGGACAUUGAGUGCUGUGGAGCCCUGGAGUACUACGACAAGGCUUUCGACCGAAUCACCACGAGGAGCGAGAAGCCACUACGCAGCAUCAAGCGCAUCUUCCACACGGUCACCACCACUGAUGACCCCGUGAUCCGCAAGCUGGCCAAAACCCAGGGAAACGUGUUUGCCACCGACGCCAUCCUGGCCACCCUGAUGAGCUGCACCCGCUCCGUGUACUCAUGGGACAUCGUGGUCCAGAGGGUCGGCUCCAAGCUCUUCUUUGACAAGCGGGACAACUCGGACUUUGACCUCCUAACAGUGAGCGAGACGGCCAACGAGCCCCCCCAGGACGAAGGGAAUUCUUUCAACUCACCCCGCAACCUGGCCAUGGAGGCCACGUACAUCAACCACAACUUCUCCCAGCAGUGCUUGCGAAUGGGGAAGGAGAGGUACAACUUCCCCAACCCGAACCCAUUUGUGGAGGACGACAUGGACAAGAAUGAGAUUGCAUCCGUCGCCUACCGGUACCGCCGGUGGAAGCUGGGAGAUGACAUCGACCUGAUCGUGCGCUGUGAGCAUGAUGGUGUCAUGACAGGCGCCAACGGGGAGGUGUCCUUCAUCAACAUCAAGACUCUCAACGAGUGGGACUCCAGGCAUUGCAAUGGCGUCGACUGGCGGCAGAAGCUGGACUCACAGCGGGGCGCCGUCAUCGCCACUGAGCUCAAGAACAACAGCUACAAGCUGGCGCGCUGGACUUGCUGCGCACUUCUGGCCGGCUCCGAGUACCUGAAGCUGGGCUAUGUGUCUCGCUACCACGUGAAAGACUCCUCGCGCCACGUCAUCCUGGGCACCCAGCAGUUCAAGCCCAAUGAGUUUGCCAGCCAGAUCAACCUGAGCGUGGAAAACGCUUGGGGUAUCCUGCGCUGUGUCAUCGACAUCUGCAUGAAGCUGGACGAGGGCAAGUACCUCAUCCUCAAGGACCCCAACAAGCAGGUCAUCCGCGUCUACAGCCUGCCCGAUGGCACCUUCAGCUCCGACGAGGAUGACGAGGAGGAGGAAGAAGAGGAGGAGGAGGAGGAAGAGGAAGAGGCUUAAACAACGCCUGGCGAAGUGGAGCUGCCAUUUGUCAUUCCACUCGUUCCCAGUCUGUGGGUGCUGGUCUGAUGCUAGCUCUGGGGCUCAGUUGAGGAAUAAAGAACGUGUCUGUUGA